AUGAUCCCGGGCGGGAGGCCGCCGCCGCCGCCCGGGACCGAGCCGCUGUCCGCCGCUGCCAAGGGUCGCAAAUCCAAACGCGGCUCCGGGGCGCCCCCCGCCCAUGCCACCGGGCUCCCGGUCCCCGCCGCCCCGAUCCCCGCCGUGAUCCUCGCCGUGACCUCCUCGGCCGGCUCCCCUGCUCCCGGGUCGCGCAUCAGCCACACGGACAGCAGCUCGGACCUCUCCGACUGCCCCUCCGAACCCCUGUCCGACGAGCAACGCCUGCUACCCGCCGCCAGCAGCGACGCCGAGUCUGGCACGGGCUCCAGCGACCGGGAACCGCUGCGAGGAGCCCCCACGACGAGCCCCGCACCUCGCGGGGCGCCGCCCAGCAGCCCCGAGCCCCCGGCGCUCCUCGCCGCGCCUCCCGCCGCCGGCUCCUGCCUCGGGGGUCGGAGCAGCCCAGGCGGGGUCCCCGUGGGGUCCCCGGGAACGGGUGUGGCAGAGGAUGCCGGGGGGCGCGCGCCGCUCGAGCGAACGGUCCCCGGGAUCCCCAAGGAGCCGGGUCCGGGCGAGCAGACCCGACUGGUACCGGCGGAGGAGGAGGAGCUGCUGCGGGAGAUCGAGGAGCUGCGCUCGGAGAACGACUAUCUCAAGGAUGAACUGGAUGAACUCCGUGCUGAAAUGGAGGAGAUGAGAGACAGUUACUUAGAGGAAGACGUUUACCAGCUGCAGGAGCUUCGGCGAGAGCUGGACCGCGCUCAUAAAAACUGCCGAAUCCUGCAAUACCGCCUCAGGAAAGCCGAGCAGAAGAGCCUGAAAGUGGCUGAGACUGGUCAGGUAGAUGGCGAGCUCAUCCGGAAUCUGGAGCAGGACUUAAAGGUAGCCAAAGAUGUAUCUGUCAGAUUGCAUCAUGAACUUGAAACCGUGGAGGAAAAGCGUGCUAAAGCUGAGGAUGAAAACGAAAGUCUCCGACAGCAGAUGAUUGAAGUGGAAAUAUCCAAACAAGCCCUCCAGAAUGAGCUAGAGAGACUGAGAGAGGUAAUCCCAAGAUAUAUGCGGAUUUCUUUCUUGGGUUUAAUUGUUAGGACCUUGGGACUCCAAGCAUCCCAUUUGGUGAACUAUGAUUUAUUUGUAGGGCCCAGAAAGUAAGAAUGGUUUUUACAUUUUUCGUAGCAUUAUAAAACAACAACAACCACACAAAAAUAAACCUAAAAAAGCAAAGAAGAUUAUGUGACAACAGCUAUAUGUUGCUUGCAAAGCCUAAAAUAUUUGCUGUCUGACCCUCUACAGAAAAGGCUUGGUGAACCGUGACCUAAAACUACUUUUUUAUCAUUUCUAUUCAGAUGAGCUGGCCAUUAAUUCCUUUUAUGGGUCCAAGUGGAGAAUAUUAUUACUAGAAUACAAAAUUAAGCAGUAGCUUUUUCCUCGAGUUUCCUCUUCUAUGAGCUGGAAAAUGUGUUAUGGUUGUCUAUUAAAGCUUGUAAACAAAUAAUAAGCCACCUAUAUCUAUUAUUCAGGCACUAUGGUUUAAAUAUAGGGCUUUUCUUUUUAUUUGAGGGAGUGAAUGUAUUCUAGCAAAGCGUCUAGAAAAUGAAUAUAUAUAUAUAUAAAUAUAAAUAUAUAUA